AUGGGAACUGGCGAUUUGAAUCUGCUCAAAUCCUGGAAUCCCCACCUUCUCAAAAACAAGAAGAAAGUAUGGGAAACCGAGCAAAACCUACUGGAAGAGAACAAGAAAUAUCGAGAAAGACAACAGGAGAUCGAAAGGGAACGCCAAAUAGACGAAUUAUCUUCCCUAACAAGGAAUGGAACUUCUUCUUAUAAGAAAAAUUCCAGUUUGGACUGGAUGUACAACGAUGAAGCGGCAACUAGUGAGCACAACAAAGACUUUCUACUGGGCAAAAAGCGAAUAGAAGCAUCUGUACUAGAGAAUAAGGAAUCGGAAAAACCUACACAGGGCAAAAAUGGCAAAGCUUAUCUGAAUCAAAUCAAGCCUGGUAUACACGGAGUUUUGAAUUCUAACAGACCUAAGCCCUCUGCUAGCCUGUCACGCGAUGAUCCACUAGCAGCCUUCCAAAGGGCUAAAGAAUCGCGCGUUAAGCGAGCUCCAAGCAAGAUCACUAAAUCUUUGCCGAAAAACAUUAAACAAGAGCGUAAACAUCAAAACCAGGCAUCCAACAAACUGCGACAAAAUCUCACUCAUAACAUGGACUAUUAA